AUGUUUUUAUCCCAAAUGGAUAAUCCUGGAGAAGCUGCAGUUCGAGGAGAAGAUCCUUCACUGCUGCUGGAAGAUAGCAGAAGACCUGAAGAUGAUGUUUUAAUUUCUCAAUAUGCUACUGGUCAGAAAGAGGCUUUGAGAGCUGUGUUAAAGCAAAAAAUUAAAAGUGCUCCUCCUGUACCUAAGAAGGUGAAGGUGCAGCUCUUGGGAAAUGACUCCAAAGGAAAAAAGGAAAGUGUUGGUCAUGACACCAGGUCAGCAACCAGUGAAGCUGAUUCUGCAACAACCAUCGCAGCAGCAACUGCUGCUGCAAUUGCUACUACAGCUCCACUUAUUAAAGUUCAAAAUGAUUUGGAAGCACAAGUUAAUUCAGUCUCAGCAUUAAUUCACAAACUACAGGAGACAGACAGACAUCUGCAGCAUGUUGCUGAACAGCAAACAAAUAUGAAGACUCAACAGGAGCAGCCCCACUGCCAUGAAAGAGUCAGUGAGCUUGAAAAACAAAUGAAUGCUUUUAUGGUGCAAAGGAUUCAGCAUUUGGAGAAGUUACAGGAGCAACAAAUGAAUAUUCAGUCUCAUCUCCUUAGCUCUGCAGUCAACAAGGGAGCCCUGCAGCAAAAUCACCUGCCUCCCUCCAGUCUCGUGACAAAACAGUCUGAGAAGCCAGAACAGCGACUGCUCACUCACCACGUACCUUCCUGUCAGAGGGCUUUAUUUCCUACCAGUGGUCCAGCUGCCCAAGCAUAUUCAAGCCAAUUUCGAAGUCUUGGGGUUCAUACAGAAAAAUCUCCUCUGAUGACACCAGUUCCUCGGAGAUAUGCUCCAGAACCUGUGUCCAAAUACAUGAAAAUCUCAAAGGAAGAAAACCCUGUAACAGAAAAAAAAAAUAUUCCCACAUCCACAAGUGAAGGUGAAGGGAGACUUCUUGAGCACACUCUGAAUUCUCACGAAAUGCCACUGAGGCAGAUGGAGCCUUCCGAGAAGGCAGCAUUGAAAAUGAGCAGGCAUUCUGAGAAAGACAGGCAUACUGCUUUGCACACAGACUCAUUGCCUGCUUUGGAAAGCUCCUUCCAAAGCUGCAAUUCAGUUGAGAAAACAGUGAAAAAAGCAGACUCUUUACUUCAAGAUCUUGACCAGUUGAGAAGAGAAAUGCGUGACAUGCUACAGGAAGCAAACUCAUGGAAGUCAGACAUGAAUGAUCUUAUUAAGUCAAAAAACCCUCCUGUUGCAUCUGAGCCUCAAAUACAUCAUCAGCUCAAGAAAUCAUCCAUCCUUCAAAAUGUGAAAGUGCCAAAAUCUAUACUGAGGGAUGCUGAAAGGGUUUUGAGAGAAGUUCAAAACAAUAAAAAAGUUCUUGAAGAGAAUUUGGAAGCUGUUAUUCAUGCAAAGGAUGGAGAUGCCAUGGACACUGUUCUUAAUGCCUUGGCCACAAACAGAGAUGCACUGGAAGAGAUUCGUAUCCGAAAGACUGUGGAUGAGUGGAUCAAGGCAAUCAGUGUGGAAAUCCAGGCUGAAAUGGCAAGAACUGAUUCAGAACAAGAGAAGUACAAUCAAAAGGUCCCGUGGAUCAAGGGAGCCCAAAACAUCAAGGCUACCAAGACCAAUAAAGAAAUUAAAGCAAAAACUGAAAAAACCCAAGGAUGCUUGACAAAGAAGCCUUUAUUUGCAGCUAAGCCAUUGCAGAAGCAAGCAGAAGAUAACAUAAGAAAACAGAGGUUUAGAACUUACUUUUCUUCUGAAAGUUUUCAGAGGAAAGAAAAACUAAUGGAUAGUCAUGUGAGCAGAAGAGCAGUGAUACCAAAUGAAGAUUAUCUGUGGCAAGUUUAUGGGAAACCAAUUUACCAGGGCCAUCGUAGCACCCUUAAAAAAGCACCAUAUCUGAGAUUCAACUCUCCCUCUCCCAAAUCUAAGCUUCAGAGACCCAAGGUGAUAGAGCGUGUUAGAGGCACAAAGGUGAAGUCAGCAAGAACACAGACUCCUCAUGCACAGACAGUGGUGACCAGCCCUAAGCAGCAGCAUCCUUUAUAUGCACUUAGCCAGGAAAAUCAGUAUCUCUUUAGUCCAAGUAAAGAUGUACCUGCAGGCUCAGGUUUCCUUGAAGGUCACCUAAUUCCCAUGGCUAUUCCAUUAGGUCAGACUCAGAUGAGUGGCAUCUCACUGCAGCCUGCUAGAUUGGUGAUAGGUAAAGCACAACCUGUUGCAGUUACACCUUCUCUUCCUGAAGUGCCACCAAAGCCUGUACAGGAGGUAAAAAAACCAAACAUAGCUGUGGUAGAGAUAAGAUCAGAGAGAAAGGAUCCACCUCAGCUGACUGUGCAGGUGUUGCCAAAUGUGGAUAUUGACAGUGUUUCAAGUGACAGUGUGAGUGUUAACAAUGUUCUUCCAGGCUCUGAACCUGCACUUCCUCCUGUCAGUGCUGUAAUACAGACUCCAGAAGAUGUACAUAGUGAGGAGGAAGAUGCACAGUUUCCAGGAACUAAUUUCAUUGAUGUUACUGAUGUCACACAGGAUCAGGAAGAGGAGGGGGAUGAAAUUCCAGAAUUCUUUGAGCCUCUUCUGGAGCUGAAUGGAGAGUUUAAAGUUUCCUCGCCAAAAUACAAUGGUCCUUUGUUUCCUCCUGUGGCUUCUGCUCCUCAGCAGUCUACUGAUGUUUUGGAUGAACUGAUUCAAAGAAGAGAAACUAUAGAAAACAGGCUGAUAAAUUGGGUGGAACAAGAAAUAAUGGCAAAAAUUAUCAGUGAAAUGUACCCAGUUCAGAAAGAAACAGUGCCCAGUGUUAGCACCUCAGAGAGUGAAGACAGUGACACUGUAACCUCUGACAUUGUUGAAGUUGCAGGUGGUGGAGGAUUUCAACUCUUUGUCAAUGCUGGUGUGCCUGUGGACUCAGAAAUGAUAAGUCAUUUUGUCAAUGAAGUUCUCAGUGAGAUAAUUGAGACCAUGCUGGGGAACAAGCAGGCUCAGGAAGCAGUUGCUGCUACAAAUAUUCUUCCAAGUACAACUGUGAUGGUAAGAUCUCUUGUGCCUACACCAUUGCCAACACCCCAGGCCACACCACCACCAACACCACCUUCAGAAAAAGAAUUGCCUCCAGUCAGAACUCCAGAAUCUUCUCUGUCUCUUAAAGAAACGAGUGGGGAUGUUCAUGAACAUGAAAAAAUUACAGAAACAGGAGCUGAGAUUCCAGCUGCCCCUAGUCACGUUGGCACACCUGUGGUUACCCCUGUCAAUACACCUCCUAGAAUAACCACACCAAGCCCUCCUGCUGCAGAAUGGGUCUCUGAAGCUGCAAAGAUGGAAAGGCCAAAGCUUUCAAACCCAUGGAAUGAUGCAGAACUUCCUCUGGAAGAAGAGAAACCCAGUCCUUUAACUGAAGAACCAUUCCAUCCCAAGGCUGUUGAGAUGUCAGUGGCCAAUGAGGAGGAACCAGAGGCCUUGAUUUUACCAUCUCAGCAAUCAUCAGUGAAGUCCUUGGAAUUGCUUCCUUGCAGUCCACAGGUUCCAUCACCUGUGCCUACAGUUAGUUCUGAGCAGUCCUCCCAGGAAAGUGGCCUCACCCUCACAGAGACAGACACAGAAACUGCAGCCAGACCCAUCUCAGAAGGAGAGGUUCUUGUCAGCUCUGGACAGGUGCUACCUGCAAGAGGAUUAGCAGAAGGAGGAUUGUCUCUUCCAAACCUUGCUGAGAGCUUAAUGAGCACUUUACAAGAUGCCAAUGAAAUGGAUUAUGAUCCUCCCAGUGAAGGGCAAGUGGUGAGAAGACAGGAUAAAAGCUAUCACAGGGAUCCUGUCUUGACUCUUUUAUCCAAAUUAAAUCAAGCACCUGUUGCUGCACAAGAAGGAACAUACUAUGUGGAGGAUUCUGAUGAAAGUGCUGGGGAGCUCAGUGAGGGUCAAAGACCAAGGCUGACCAGAGCAGCAGAGAGAAUCCUACUGGGACAUUCAGUUUAUAGGGACCACCCUGCUGCUCAGACUCCUGGGAACAGGCCACGCCCCGGUUUCCGUUCUCCAUCACCAGGGCAGCUUGCCCAGAUUGGAGCAGAAGUUCUUGCAGAUGCAGAUACAAGUCAUGGUCCAAUGCUUAUGGCUGAAGUGGAAUCACAAGUUUCAAAUCCUGUUCUGCAAGCAGCCCAACCACGCUGCAGAGUGUCUCCUCUCUCAGAGGAUCUGUCUCAGGAGGAAGGGCAAGGAGCUGCACGAGCUGAGACUGUGAGACCCCGAGUUAUACACGUGAGGAGGAAGUCUGAGGAGACACAACAAGAAG